UCAACAAGUGCACAUGAGUAGCUUGGUUACUGAUUACAGGUGAUGUUGUAGUUUGUUUGUGAUAAGACUUUUGCUCAGCACAAAGUCCUGCCAGGUAAAACAGGCCUUCAGCCACUUUACCACAUCCCUCCCAUCCUUCGUAGGACCACUGCUGCCUCUCAGGUCCUUUAGUGUUGUCUUUUCUUCUUCCUUGCAUCUGUUGGGCACACAGCAGCAUCAUGAGUGUAGAGUCCAAAAAACCACGUGAGGCAUGUUGCUCCAAGCUCAAGCUCUUCCUGGCCUCUCUGGCGUUUGUAUAUUUUGCCAAAGCCUUUGGUGGAGCUUAUAUGAAGAGCUCCAUCACCCAGAUUGAGAGGCGCUUUGACAUCCCCAGCUCCCUCAUUGGGGUUAUAGAUGGCAGCUUCGAAAUGGGAAACCUGCUGGUUAUAGCCUUUGUGAGCUACUUCGGUGCAAAGCUCCAUCGUCCCAGGCUGAUUGCUAUUGGCUGCUUGAUCAUGGCUGCUGGAUCUUUCCUCAUAGUCCUGCCUCACUUUCUCCAGGGACCUUAUAAAUAUGAGACCAGUAUGUCUCACAGCAAAGAUGUCAACAGCACUGAGAGCAUCCUGCCCUGUCUGUCCAACCACAGCAUGACUGAUUUAGAUGAGACACCUGAAACCAAAAGAGAUUGUGUACAGGCCGCUGGCUCGUCCAUGUGGAUCUAUGUAUUCCUGGGAAACAUGCUGCGUGGGAUUGGAGAGACUCCCAUCAUGCCUCUGGGUGUUUCCUACCUGGAUGAUUUCUCCAGAGAGGAGAACACUCCUUUCUAUUUGGCCUGUAUCCAUACAGUGGGAAUCUUAGGACCCAUGUUUGGGUUCAUGCUCGGGUCCUUCCUUACUAAGAUCUAUGUGGACGUUGGAUUUGUGGAUUUAGACAGUGUCACCAUUAACCAUAAGGACUCCCGCUGGGUAGGGGCCUGGUGGCUGGGCUUCAUAGCGACUGGCACCGUGAUCCUGCUUUCCAGUAUCCCAUUCUGGUUCUUGCCCAAGUCCCUGCCCAAGCAGGGCCAAGAGCAGAGUCAGAGUAAGAGCACAGAACUCACCACAGUGGCAGAGCAGGAGAAUUUCCUCCCAGAGGAAAACCAGGAACAUGAGGAGAAAGAGAAGCCAGUCACGUUCCAGGAACUGGCUAAAGACUUCAUUCCAUCCCUGAAACGACUCUUCAGUAACAGCAUCUUCUCGCUGAUGAUCCUGACCUACCUGGUGGCUGUCAACGGCUUCAUCGGCAUGAUAACCUUCAAGCCGAAGUACUUGGAGCAAAUCUAUGGCCAGUCAGCCUCCAAGGCCAUUUUCCUCAUAGGGAUACUGAACCUGCCAGCCGUAGCUUUGGGCAUCAUCACUGGAGGUUUUGUGUUGAAACGCUUCAAGCUGGGCGUCAUUGGAGCAGCCAGGGUGUCGAUGGCAGCCUCUAUUGGGGCUUUUUGUCUGCUCUCCUUUCAGGCCUUCGUCCACUGUGAAAACGCAGAAGUGGCUGGUCUCACCGUGUCGUAUCAAGGGCUUCCUCAGGUGUCCUACAACCAACAGACUUUGCUGUCACAGUGCAAUAUGGGCUGCUCCUGCUCCGUGAAGCUGUGGGACCCAGUGUGUGCCUACAACGGCAUAACAUACGCCUCGCCCUGUCUGGCUGGCUGCCAGACCGCCACGGGUACUGGCAAGGAAAUGGUGUUUCAUAACUGUACCUGCAUUGGGAAGAUGAUGACUCCUGCCAUGAACACGUCUGCAGUGCUGGGCCAGUGCCCCAGGAAGAGUGACUGUGAUCACAUGUUUAAAAUCUACAUGGCCUUGUCUGUAGUGGGGUCCUUCAUUUCUGCCUGCGGGGGCACGCCAGGAUACAUUGUACUGCUCAGGUCCAUACAGCAAGACCUGAAGUCCCUGGCUUUGGGUAUGCAGACACUGAUCGUAAGGACUCUGGGUGGGAUUCCUCCUCCUAUUUAUUUUGGAGCCCUCAUUGACCGAACCUGUUUGAAGUGGGGUACUAAGCAGUGUGGAGGUCGAGGAGCAUGCAGACUCUAUGAUGCUUAUGCCUUCAGAAUAACGUUCAUGGGGUUGAUCACUGGACUCUACUUCCUGUCCAACAUGCUGUGGGGAGGUCUCUAUUUCAAAAUUGUCAAGAAACAGAAGAAGUUAGCACUGAGGAAUCAGGCCAAAGAGAAUGGAGUGGAGGGCAAUGGCACGGUCAGUGGACACGCCAACAUCAGCAUCGCCAAAACCAACGAAGACAAGGAGAGCACGAUUUAAGGUUUUUUAGGAGGGCAUCGCAGGUGAAUGACACAUACAGUAUUUUCCACUGUCUAACUGCUGUGCUGCAUCCACAUGGACCAAAUGUGGUAAUGGUACAGUGUCAAAACUCUUUAGUCUUCAAGCAGUGUAACUCCUUUUUGUUUUUUAACCCAGAUGUUGUUGGCACAAUAUCUGGGUUAAAAAGGCCAAAGAGCCAAACGAGGGCUUAGUUUUAAUAUGAACAAAAUUCAAAUAUUAAAUCAUAUGGAAUCCACAUAUGAACAAAAAUGCUUUUAUAGGACAGGGCAUAAACCUAGAGGUCUUUUUUUCUCUAAUUCUAAUGCAUAAAACCAUAAUGGGGACAUACAGUGUGCUGUGCUGUGCUGUGUGUGUCAGCGUGGGCAAAGCACCAGAUUCAGCCCUCAUUCCCUUAUGAUGAAACAUUUCAGAGUCAGAAGAAGAAGAAAAUAUGUCAGAUACCGCCAUUCAUACUUGAAAGCAUUAGCUUUACAUUCAAAGUGAUUUAUGUGUAGGUUAUCAAACAUGUAUACAGCAUGUGUGCAAUGUAUGUACAGUAUAUGCUUUUAAAUACUAGUGCAAGACAACUACAGUGUUGUUAUCAGUUAUUGACAGUGUUUUCUUUCAUGUUUUUCAGUUACAGUUACACAGAGUUGUGACAUAAUAGAGCUCUCCUCAUUCUCCCCAAUGAACUGUAUUAUAAUGAAGACACUGUGGAUGGUUAAGGUUUGGGGUUUAAAGUGUGUAAUAAUUUAGUUAAAAAGCUGUGUGAAGUUUAGACACAGUGAGUAAAUGAACCAUCUUAAAUACACAAGGAUAAAAUCAGAUUGGGAUUAUGAAGGGAUAAUGACAGUGUAAAUAGAUUUGGGUGACUAUAGCUGAUAUAAUUAGGACUGCCAGAGAUUUGAUUUCCCACACAGGUGACUAUUUUUAUAGUGAGAUAGACCCUCUUUUACUUAAACAUAGUGUAGAUGGUACCUGUGCCAGCAGAGCUGAAGAUGUGUAGUGAUUUGCUUUGCUUUGCUUUGCUUUAGCCAGUCAGAGUCUGUUCUGCUGAUUUGUAGAUUCACUGCCAGUGAAGUCUGUGAUUGCUGCAGGCUGGUCCAGUCAGUGAAUGCAACACAAGAGGUUCUCAGAGAAUGAAGGAAAUUGUUUAUUACAGUAGAUUGGCCAGACAACGUAAUACUUAACAGUGUCUGUGCCUAUGAGCAUUAUAUUUCUGAAAAUGUGGAACUAUUCCUUUAAGACAAAACCGUUGGACACCAAAAAUAAUAACAGCCUAAAUUUUAUUGUACUGAGUUACUGUAGUUGUGGCUCAACCACACAGAUAAAUAAACAUGGUGAAAGGGAUGCUAGUGUCUUUUUAAAAUGUGAAUAUCAUGUGAAAUCAUCUGUCCUUGGAGCAACGUUGGAUUGCUUUAUAUACUCAUCUGAGCUGCAUUUUAUUUGAGACACUACAUCUGUCAGGUGUCAGGGAAACUGAAGCAGGAGAAGGGAUGAUAAGGCUUUUUAUUUUCAUGCUGUAACGCAUGAAAAAUUUUAUUAUUUUAUUUAAGAUGUCAGGCUGGUAUCUUUAUUUUUACUGUUAGCAAUGCGCCCCAGCAACCUUUUACAUGCAUGGAUAGCUCACCUGUCUGACAUUGCACACACUUCUUGUUACAUCACAUCAUUUUACACAAACCCUAAAGGUCAUGAACGUUCACAUAAUCCUCUGACUCACCAGUGUUUGUCUGGAAAAGUUCACAACAGUUUACACAGUGGACUGCGAGUGAGUGGAGUGUAACUCAAACUUGACUGUACUAUAUUUUACUCUGUUAUACACUGUAGUUUUUGAUUAAAUACAUCAAUUAACAGAUAUAAUUGUUGUUAAUAAGAAGAAUUUAUAUAUUGAGUUAGCUGUGUGUGUAUUGUGUCCAUAUAUUUUAUCACCAUUUUUGCCUAUUUUUUUUUUUUUUUUUUUACAAUUUUGUUGAUUGUCCUUAAACAUUAAAGACAAA